AUGAUCGGCAGAGUCUGUGAAGCCGUCAGCGGCAAGCGCCUGGACAAGUUUGUGAAUGCAGCCCUUCUUUCGCCUCUGGGGAUGCGAGACACCUUCUUCGAAGUGCCAGCGAAGAAGAGGAAACGAGAAGCAGUCCUGUACGACUGCCAGCGAGGCGGUGGCGGAAAGUACGUGCCGAAGGUCUGGAGCCAGCCCGGAAAGGCCGUCCCGAUCAUGAGCGCGGGUGGAGGGAUCUUGAGCUACAACGACGAUCCGGGGAUGUGGAGCACUGUGGAGGAUUACGCCAAGUUCUGCCAGAUGCUUCUCACCGGGAAAUCCCCCAGAGGGGCAGUGAUCCUGCGACCUAGCACCAUGAAGGCGCUCUGGUCCGACAGCCUGGCGGUUUACGGGCAAAAGGAUGGUCGUCUGCCUGGAUGGCACGAUGCUGAUGGCAAGGCCAAAGGUGGUAUGUGGGACUAUACCGGCUGGUCGCUCUUGAACACCCACUUGACCUUCAAGCAGAUGCCAUCACCGAGCAAGAGAGCCCGGGUGGGACAGACCAUGUGGAUGGGAGGCGGGGGUGGUACUUUCUGGGUGGUGGACAAGGGCAACGAGACUUGCGCAAUCUCCUUUUCGCAGAGCUUCGGUGGCCGUGCGCAGACUGACGCCGCCAAGGACGCAGCAGUCUUUUUGGAGGUCUUGCAGCAUGAUGCUCCCGAUGGCCAGAGCCGCUCGAUGCCUACGCAUCCUGGCACAAUCUGGAGGAGCAUUCGCACGCUGACUGUGAGCAGUCAGCAAACAGCAGCGAAGGCUCCACCCUCCGACAACCUCUACAUUGCCGACCUUCCGCCGGGCUUCACAGCAGAAAGCCUCCAAGCCAUCUUCCAAGAGUACGGGAACAUCUCCCAGUUCAAGCUCCUGCAGAACUCCGGCCCGGGCGGAAAGACCGCGGCUCUCGUGAGAUUUCAGUCCGUCGAAGAGGCAACCUGGCUGGUGGAGAACUUGAAUCACAACAUUCCGCAAGGGCUGAGCUCUCCUGUUAUCGUGAAGUAUGCCGACACGCCGGAGAUGAAAGCGGCCAAGCAGGGAGGCUUUGCGAUGGCCACGUCGUACGGAAGCGUGAAAGGCAUGGGAAAGGCCGAAGGAAACGGAAAAGGUGCCGCUCGGGUGUCGCCGUAUCCGUCCUAUGGCAAAGGCCAAUCAUGGAAUUCCUGGGAGCCGGCCCCGAUGAAAGGAUUCAAAGGCGGAAUGGAGAAGGGCAAGGGAAAAGGAAAGGGGUGCCCCAUCAAGACCCUGCACAACGGGCUGCUGGAGGCACAGGCAUUGCCUGGCUGCGGCGAGAUUGACAAUGACCGGAACGCGCUGUAUAUCAGCGGGCUCCCGAACGACACCGAGGACAUCGACCUGUACCGAAUCUUCGCACCCUUUGGUGCCAUUGCUCCGAGGGGCGUGCGAGCAAUGCGGCAUCCGGAUGGCACAUGCCAAGGUUUUGGGUUCGUCAACUAUUUGGAGUCUGGCUCUGUGCAGCUGGCUGCAGCCACGCUUCACGGGACACAGAUGCCUGGUGGAGCAGAGCUUAUCGUGAAGCCGAAGGAGCCCGGGAAAAAGAAGCAACAGCAGAACGGACUGGAAGGAACUCCGGUGGCUGCGCAAGGAUGA